GUACAUCGAGCAAAGCGACAUUAUCGCGGCGGCGAGGCGGGGGCACCGCGGCACGGCGACUCGAUUGUCAGAGAGCGGCGGGUCUGCAAAAUUGCGGACAGCCCCCGAUGUCGACCCUUUUAGAUAUUUGACAAACUUGUAGUUCUUCUAACGUAGCUCAUUCAAAAUGUCGGACGACGGGUCUAUUGAGCACCAGGAGCCCAACCUCAGCGUGCCUGAGGUGGUCACCAAGUACAAGGCGGCUGCGGACAUCUGCAACCGCGCUCUGCUGGCCGUGGUUGAGGCUGCCAAGGAUGGCGCUAAGGUGGUGGACCUGUGCCGCAUGGGCGACCAGUUCAUCAACAAGGAGUGCGCUAACAUCUACAAGGGCAAGGAGAUCGAGAAGGGCGUGGCCUUCCCGACCUGCGUCUCUGCCAACAGCAUUGUUGGCCACUUCUCGCCCAACUCGGAGGAUGCCACCGCUCUGAAGAACGGCGAUGUUGUCAAGAUUGACAUGGGCUGCCACAUUGACGGCUUCAUCGCCACGCAAGCCACCACCAUUGUGGUCGGUGACGCCGCCAUCUCGGGCAAGGCCGCGGACGUGAUCGCCGCCGCGCGCACCGCCUUCGACGCCGCCGUGCGCUUGAUACGCCCCGGCAAGCACAUCGCCGACGUGUCCGCCCCGCUCCAAAAGGUGGCUGAGUCGUUUGGCUGCAACCUGGUGGAGGGCGUGAUGAGCCACGAGAUGAAGCAGUUUGUGAUUGACGGCAGCAAGUGCAUCCUCAACAAGCCCACGCCCGACCAGAAGGUGGAGGACGGCGAGUUCGAGGAGAACGAGGUGUACGCCGUGGACAUUGUGGUCAGCAGCGGCGAGGGCAAGCCCCGCGUUCUGGACGAGAAGGAGACGACCGUGUACAAGCGCGCACUGGAGGUGACCUACCAGCUCAAGAUGCAGGCCAGCCGCGCCGUGUUCAGCCUGGUCAACAGCGCCUUCGCCACCAUGCCCUUCACGCUGCGCGCACUGCUGGACGAGGCGGCCGCGCAGAAGACGGAGCUCAAGGCCAGCCAGCUGAAGCUGGGCCUGGUGGAGUGCCUAAACCACGGCCUGCUGCACCCCUACCCCGUGCUGCACGAGAAGCCCGGGGAGGUGGUGGCGCAGAUCAAGGGCACGGUGCUGCUCAUGCCCAACGGUUCCUCCAUCAUCACCUCGGCGCCCCGCCAGACCGUGACCACGGAGAAGAAGGUUGAGGACAAGGAGAUCCUGGACCUGCUGGCCACGCCCAUCAGCGCCAAGAGCGCCAAGAAGAAGAAGAACAAGGACAAGGCCGCCGAGCCCGCCGCCGCCAAGUAAAUGGCUGUCUCGGGCCACUAGCGCUGGUGCGGGGGACCGUGCGCACGUUGGAGCGGGCGUAGGUCGGGGCACACGACAUGGCGGUGCUGUGAGGAGGGGUCUCGAUUGGCGGUGUUGUUGCGGUCUGAGUCAUGCGGCUUGGACCGAGGGAGUUGGUUGGGCGGUUGGGCAGGCGGAGCGCUAUGCGGCGUGGGCGCUGGCGCGCGGGCGUUGAUGCGGCAGGCGGGCAGUAUGGGCUGCCCGAAAGCAGCGGCCCUCGGGCCCGCGGCUGUUCACGCAAGAGGCAUCACAGCGUGACGCGGCGUGGUGCGUCCCAUUCGGCAUGAAGUAAUAGUUUGUGUGUGAGCACUUGGAGGCGCCCGGGUUCAGCUGCGCCGACCGCCAUUAAGUCGAGGACCGAGGAGCAGGGGGCUUUAGUUGGGGCUAUCCAAGGCAGGGCGUGUUCGGGACAUUCUAAGAUGCAAGACUAAAUUCUGAUAGUUGUGGUGGUGAGAGCGGCUUUGCUCUCUAGCGGCGCGCGCGUCUGCAGGCGUUCUAUGUAAUGCGAGCGCGGG